AUGGCUGCGCUAAUUGACGAGUCCUCCCUGACAAAUGUGUUCUUACUGCUCCAGUCUAAUCUCGUCGCCCGUGUGCGUAUCGGCAUCGCUCAGGCGAAUGUGUCCAGGAUCCGAUGGAAACGCUUCUGCUGUCGGUCGACAGAGGCUCUGAUUCGCAGACUGCUAUCGCCCACGGCCACGGCUGGUUCUGGCGCACGGCCCUCCGACCCCCUCCUGGCAACGUAUGCAACCCUCCUGUCCUCAGGCAUCCCAUGCGUCUGGCGGAUGGCCGAGUAUGCCUCACCGCCGCCCCCGGAUACCCAUGAUCUUCGAGCCUUCAAGAUGUACACCAGAUCAGACAUUGUGUUUCUGCCACACGAGCUGUUUUCGGCCCACGCAACGCAUUUGAAUCGAGGACGGUUAGCCCACGGAGUAGCGCUCGUGCCAAGCCUCAAUAAUGGCACGGCCAACCACAGUCCCUUCGGGAAAGUGCCCUCGAGCGUCAGCCCAACGGAAAGCAUCCGCACCGCCCAUGCAGGCGUGCACGAUGAGCAUGUCUACCGAGAGCUGUGGGUCUUUGACUACUCGGGCACCCAGGACAGCUUCGAGCCCCAAGUCGACGCCGACCUGCUGCUUCUGGAGCAAGGCGACUUCGGUCCAGAUGAAAUCUAUGGCGAUUCCAGCUCCCCAAGACAAACCCAGACGACCGAGUACGGAUUGUUCAUCAACGCCCUCAAUAAUCUGGCCGAAAGAUCGCUUCUCAAGAGCGGUAUCGUGCGCAUCGGUGAAUCAUAUCUGCUAAGACCGGCGCAGAACCAGGGCAAAGACCUGGAUCUUGACGAAAGCACGCCGAGCGACACUCGCUUGGCGUUCCAGUGUGACUUUUUCCUGACGCUCAGCAACCUGAUGGUGCACAUCACCAUGGACUAUGUGAAAGUGCGGGCCAUCACGGCCCUUGACUACGACAGCCUCCUUCAACAGCAGUGGACAGCGAAGCCCCAGCCCUUUCCAGUCGUUUUGUGUCCGCAUGGACUCCGGGCAACCUUGCUUCCAGCAUCGCCUGCCUCGAACCUCAAAGCUAAGGCUGUGUUAUCAGACUGGCAGACGUAUUUUGGAUUCUCGUCUUGCCAGCCCGGCGAUCGGCUGCUCCCUGCCACUGUGCAGGUGCAACUGGAUGAUUCGGGGAUCAUCAUGGACUACCCUUCGAGCCUGGUUUACUAUGUAGCGGACGGUCGAUCGCACGCUGCAGCCAGUCGGCCCGCCUGGAUACCCACAGCAGGCUUUCCAGAUCGCCUGGACGACCCCUGGAUCUUCAAAAACAUACCCAGCGGCAACCUGGAGUCGAUUCUUGAGCAGCGCGGGCAAAUCGACGGCAGCAUCGAUGCAACUCAAGAAGCGGCACAGUUGGAGUCUGCUCCGCGUGCUGUCUCAGGCAUCCGCGUGGCCGAGGACAAGCUAAAGGAGUACAUGUCCUUCUCGACGCUCACCGGAGCUGCUUCCUCCACGACACCAACAAAAGCAGAACCUCAGGCCAAAGCCAAAUCGGACGCACGAGACCGGAUGGACGAGUAA